AUGUCUGGCCGUGGCAAAGGAGGAAAAGUUAAGGGAAAGGCAAAGUCCCGCUCGAACCGUGCUGGUCUGCAGUUCCCAGUAGGCAGAAUCCACCGUCUGCUUCGGAAAGGAAACUACGCCGAACGUGUCGGUGCCGGUGCACCGGUCUAUCUGGCGGCAGUGAUGGAAUACCUGGCCGCCGAAGUGCUGGAAUUGGCCGGUAACGCUGCCCGUGACAACAAGAAAACGAGAAUCAUCCCUCGUCAUCUGCAGCUGGCCAUCCGUAACGACGAGGAGUUGAACAAACUGCUCUCCGGAGUUACCAUCGCACAGGGCGGUGUACUGCCAAACAUCCAGGCAGUGUUGCUCCCGAAGAAAACCGAAAAGAAGGCCUAA